ACAGGCUGGGUUGCCGUCUCCUGGUUUCCUCUCCCCCUGCAGCUAGGGAUUGAGUAACACAUUGAUAAAACAGUGUAUCACUUAUCCUGAUAGCCACGGUUCCCCCCGGACCUGUCUCUCCUCUCAUAGAGGGGCGGACCAAUCACAGGCCUAAGGCUUGGUAGUUGUCCCUUUAAAGCACCUGUCUUCAUAACACCUGGCAGACGAGAGAAUUGCUUUACGCAUGCUCCCACUCUGCCAUCCUCUAUACAGACGCGCUGCUCUUCAACCAAAUGGUCUUCAAAUCUUUUCAGAGAUAAAAAGCCAGCGCAUCUGUGGAUCUGACAGAUUGCCUGAUCUUCACUAAUGACCGAGGACAUCGAAGGAAGGAACUAGAGGAGACACAAUGCCUAGGUCUUUCUUGGUGAAGAGCAAAAAAGCACACAGCUACCACCAGCCACGAUCUUUGGAGGAUGACUACAAAAGACUUGAUUCUAUUUUAGCUCACAUAUGCGCAGAAAGCAAAACUUCAGACGAGUCAGAGUGCUGUACGGAUGCUCUGACAGGCGACACGACUGAUGCUUGUUCACCGGACUCUCGCCUGGUGGAUCAAGCUGAUAUUUCCUCCAAAUCUCCUCUCAGCUCUGGGGGAAGCGUGUGCGACCGCUCGUCAGAUUACGAGGACUUUUGGCGACCUCCAUCACCAUCAGCAUCACCGGAGUCAGCCAAAUCUUUUUCACCCUCCGUUGAGGAAACACAGCCCUUCGCCGUCCCUUUCAGGCCUUACGCGUGGAGCAGGUACUCGGGAUGUGAAUUCAGACAGCUGGUACAUAAUCUCAAUCAUCACCACUCUCACGAGCGGCCAACUCCUCCAGCCUAUUACAAUGAGCGCGUGCAUGUCGAGCCCUCUCUAUUCACUGAACGAGGAUCUGGCGCAGGCAUUUACGGCUCCACUGCCACCCUAUUCGAGCGCGCCACUGCCUCUGGAUUUUAUGAUGACACCAGCAUUCUGGGAAAAGGAACUGAGAUCAAGUCCAGCUCCGAUGCGAUGUGUAGUCGUCUCCUGCUAAAUGGCGCAUACAAAUGCAUCAAAUGCAGCAAGGUGUUUUCUACACCACAUGGCUUGGAAGUUCACGUCCGGAGGUCGCAUAGUGGAACAAGACCCUUUGCUUGCGACAUCUGUGGGAAAACGUUCGGACACGCGGUCAGUCUGGAACAACACAAAGCCGUUCACUCACAGGAGAGAAGUUUUGAUUGUAAAAUCUGUGGGAAAAGUUUUAAAAGAUCAUCCACUCUGUCCACUCAUCUCCUUAUACACUCCGAUACACGACCCUACCCAUGCCAGUACUGCGGGAAGAGAUUUCACCAGAAAUCAGAUAUGAAGAAACACACAUUCAUCCACACAGGGGAAAAGCCACACAAAUGUCAGGUGUGUGGGAAAGCUUUCAGUCAGAGCUCCAAUCUGAUAACGCACAGUCGAAAACACACUGGAUUCAAACCGUUUGGAUGUGACCUCUGCGGCAAAGGAUUCCAGCGCAAGGUCGAUUUAAGAAGACACAAGGAAACACAACAUGGACUGAAGUGAGGAAACAUUGGUUCAUGAGUCAAGGACUUUACCAAACACUAUUGGAAAACCCGUCGGGACUUUAACAGGCUUUUUAAUUUAACAAGCUACAAAUGCUCAUUCAUAAAACAUUAAAUCAGUGUUUUAGAGUUGGCGACUAAUAGCGUUUACAUUAGUUGUAGAGCUGUUUAUGCUUUGUGAGAUUUGCCUACGAGUCAGCAGCAGGCCAGCAGGUCUGACAGCUUUCAUGGUGAUAUUAUAACAGGGUAUCUUCAUUCAAAUCAAUAGUCCGCUGCAGAAACAUGUCAGGCAUCGUGUCUGAACCCAAAAUAUUUUCACCAAAAUAAUCAGGGACGAAAUAUAACCGCCGCGAGAAAGGACACUGUAUCACCCAAAAUAUCAGCUGAAGUAGAGAAAAAUCACCGCAUCUCAAAAGAAUGUCACUUUGUUUUCAACGCUGCAAAUGGGAUGCUGGCAAAACAAGCACUACAAUGACUGCGAGAUUUCAUCAAUAAAAGGAUUGUUUGUGUACUAUAGCCCAACUUAAAUUAUUUGGCUUGUCGAACCAUUACAGUCAUCAUUUCUUCUUUUCUAUUAGGUUCGUUUUCUUUAGCGUAAAUAGAUUUACUUAAUAGGCUAGGCUACCCUGUCAGAUAAAUUAAAUUGACAAAUACCCUAUUUGUUUUAUAUAAUUUACACUAUUUAUUGAAAUAAAGAAAACUACGAAGA